AUGGCCACUCCCCGAUGGCUCCAGCUCACCAACCCGCGUUACUUAUCCGAUGAUGAACUGGAAAACAUCAGUUCUGCAGCCUCCCUGCUUGUGACUUUAUCCCCUGUCGACAUUACUGGAAUCCCGGCACAUGUCACCUAUUGCCAGGUCAUUGGGGUGCUGCACCGCAUCCGGUUGCUCUGUAACUAUUUCACUUAUGCCCUCGAGUGGCUGGACAUUGUCGAAGAUCGCGUUGAGAUCGAUUGGAAUGUCGCUGAUCGUCCCUAUGAACGUCACGAAUGGAACAGUGCUGUCCUCGCGCAAGCGACCGCCAUGACGCACCCUCACGUGUACAGAGAGCCCGGACCCCCUCGGGCGGGGCAGUUGAGCCGCGAAUGGAGGCGCCACCUCCGACACAAUUUGUCCGACUUCAUGCGCAUCAACCUUGGCUACUUUGCCCAUACUACGACUACUAUUCACGUUGUCCAGGUCUUCGAAAGGGUGGGUAAAAUUAAAUUCAAUGCUGUGUACAACAUACUGACGCACCGAGGAUCUCAGCGUGCUUGGGGCAUACGCUUCUUAGUUGAAGGGAACAUCAAUGGGGAACAGCGAUCAAACAUCACAGUCAAUGCUCUGGAACACUUGUCGCUGGACCUCUCGACUGCUGUGCCGGCAAUCCGGCGUGCACGCUCUAUGCGUGAGCUAGGCUCGGAUUACUACUGA